UUUCCCACGGAAGUAUCCUCCCAUUUUCCAUAGGUUUCGCAAGGUUUGCAUUGACGGUAGUGUGCUUUUCUCUGUUGGAAGAAUUUACUCGUUUUGGCAUGAAAUUCGUGUACAGCAGUAUUUGAAUUUUUGGAGGCAUGUCCAAGAAAAGGGGCAGAAAGCGGAGUAGCGGGGAGCUGAGUGACACCACAGUGAUGACCCCUGACCCCAACAGUCUCCUGGGAGUGAGAAUACAACACACCUGGAGGGAGAAGGGCAACCAGAGCAAAUGGAAAGGCACCGUCCUGGACCGUCUCAAUGUCAACCCCUCACUAUUCAUGGUCAAGUACGACGGGUUUGACUGUGUCUACGGCAUCGAGCUAUUCAAGGACGAAAGGGUGUCUAAUCUACAGGUUCUCACAGAUAAACUUGUCAACAACAAGAUCAAGGUUCCUCACGGGGCAGAGGAUUUGGUAGGCAAAGCGGUGGAGCACCUUUUUGAGAAGGAGGAUGGAGAGAAGAACGAGUGGCGAGGCAUGGUCCUCUCCAGGGCUCCCAUUAUGACUAACUGGUAUUACAUCACCUAUGAGAAGGACCCAGUGCUAUACAUGUACCAGCUGUGGGACGACUAUGCCGAGGGAGAUCUCAGGAUCUUACCUGAAGCAGAAAAUAAGCACUUGCUUCCGGCCGACCGAAAGCCAGGCGAGGAGACUGAGAGUCUUGUGGGGAAGCAGGUGGAGUAUGUUACUGACAAAGGUGUGAAGCGAACAGGCCUAGUGAUCUACCAAGUCCCUGCCAAGCCCUCUGUAUACUACAUCAAAUACGACGAUGACUUUCACAUCCAUGUCUACGACCUGGUCAAGACCACAUAGGACACUUGUUUACUCACUCCAUCGCUUACUUUUCACUUAUCCUCCUCUCUCUAUCUCUCGAACUACCUAAAGGCCCUGGAGGGUUUAACAGUUAUGCUUUGUCAUUCAGAAAGUGCAAUCUAUUAGUCCACAUUGAAUCUAGUUCUAUGAUAUGCACAGCAGAACUGUAGCAAGGAUAUUGUAGGCCACUAGGAGGAGGGUGGGAACGUGUACACUUGGAAGGACCUUUUUACCCUCCCCACUUCUUUGGUUACCCCAUUUCCUGGUUGUGCUCCACCGUAGACUCACAUCUUGGACAGUCCAGGAGUGCAUCUUUCCCUAUGACAGACUCACAUCUUGGACAGUCCAGGAGUGCAUCUUGCCCUAUGACAGACUCACAUCUUGGACAGUCCAGGAGUGCAUCUUGCCCUAUGACAGACUCACAUCUUGGACAGUCCAGGAGUGCAUCUUGCCCUAUGACAGACUUACAGUAUAGUGCAAGAAUGACCACAUUUCAAUUGUUUCCCACAUCCUGAUGCUUAAUUCAAAGCAGAACUGAAUUAUAUAUUAUAAAACUAAAAGCUGGCCCCACUAGCCAUUCAUAUUUGGUCCUUGAAUGGCCAAACAGCGAGCGUGAUGUAUAAGUGAAUCUUUGUAGAGACUAGUUUGAGCUGUUUUGUUCAGUGAAGUGGUAGCUUUGAAAGUGAAAUGCAGUAAGCUGUGAUGCCCAUGAAAGCAUCAUUCCAUUUUUUUGUUGUCUUUAUCAAUAGGCAACUAACUUUGUUUGAUUUGUCAGUCAGUUCAUAGACAAUCAUUCCUUGAUAAACCCACAGUGCUAUCAUUGGAUUCAUAGCACUGGGUUGCACUGGCCUAGGAGUAGUGUAUAGCAGUGUCUCCCAACUCCAGUCCUCGAGUACCCCUAACAGCACACCAUUUUGUUGUUGGCCCGAACAACCUCACCUGAUUCAACUCAUUGAGGGCUUGAUGAUUAGUUAACCAUUGGAAUCUGUGUGCUUAUCCAGGGCUACAACAAACAUGUUUGCUGUUGGGGUUAUUGGACAACUGGAGUUGAGAAGCACUGCUGUGUGGUGAUGGUUCAAACACUAUUUUGAACUGCCUAAUAUAACAUUCAUAAUGCUGAAUCAAGACUUGUUAGAAACAAGGAAUACAGGUCUUCAUAAAGUUAGGGCCAGGAGUUUUUCUUGACCACACAACCUGAUGACUUGUCCAGAUCAGGAAAACUCCUGGCCCUAACAAUACCUGACAUGUUCAAAACAUCAUCAGACUGUAUGAUAAGCUUGAGUAGAAUAGAGGCAGGACUUUACACUACAUUCUGAUGUUCAAUAGAAAACAAACAAGCAUCAUAAAGUGCCUUCAGGCUGAUCAUGUUGCCAUACUCUAUAUAUUUGCUAAUCUCUCACAAUUUUAUUCUGUUUAAUGUUAAAGCCACUAAUUGGUCAGUAUUAGUAAAAGUAAAAAAUGCUCGAAAGAAACAAACGUGUCAAAGACUGAGUGAAGAGGUUGUUGCUAUUGUCGGUUUGUAUUAGAGAAUAUGUGCAAUGUUGGCAGUUACUGCAGUAUACAAUAAUUUCCCCCAAUAUAACAUCCAUGACCAACAACAAGUGGUAUAUUGUAGCAAUGGUAAACCAUAAUGGUAAAACGCAUGGAGAAAAUAAAUCAUUUAUAACACGGCAUACAGUAUUUAAUCUGUAACUUUAGAUUGUGUUGUAAAUGUAUGCUGUUGUGAUUACUCCAUUUUAUAUUGUAAAUAUCCCAUUGAAACACCAGCUUUAAAACCCAUCUACAAAUCUCACCUAGAGAAAUGCAGCAAAGACAGCUUCCAAAAAAUCCUUAGGCCUGGUCUCUUGAGGAAAAAUACAAGUUUUCACUUUUUAAUCUUAUUUUAAAGAUUUGAGAGCUACACUCCAUAAUGUAAUCCCAGGAAGUCCAAAACUCAAAUGGACUGGCUAGGAGAAUUCAGAUUUACAGUCUCCUGUCCUACUCACCACUCCAGGGUAUCCAGUCUAUCUUUUUACACAGUACAUUGGUCCAUGGUGCAUAGGGGUCAUUGUACUUAGGCUGUGUUUAGACAGGCAGCACAAUUCUGAUCUUGUUUUUCACAAAUUGGUCUUUUGACCAAUCAGAUUAUCUCUGAAAAAGAUCUGAAAGGAUCUGAUGUGAAAAGUCCAAUUAGCGGGGAAAAAAUACUGAAUUGGGCUGCCAGUAUAAAUGUAGCCUUUUAUUGUCAGAUUUGCAUGCAUAACUUGAAUGCAACCAAGCAUAUUAGUUAUGACAGCUGCAGAGGUAUAAUAUGAUAUAUCUGGAAGAUAAUUUUGUGGCAGUCUUUGCAGUCCCAUUUUAGUCAAAUGUUUAGCUAGAAAAUGUGACUGUAAAAAAACUAAAUUGUCAGGGCUUAUCUAUAGACGGGUUAGCUGACGUCAUGAAAACGAUGUGCACGCUUCAAUGGGGCAGAAGACAGUGUGUUGUGAUUCUGGAUGGUCAGAUAGCUAGCAACAAUGACAAGAACCUGCCACGUUUGGAAUCCGUAGGUGGCUCGUUUUAUCUAGUUCUUGAUACCAUGUCUUGUUUUGAGGCGUUUUGACUGAUGUCACAUCUAUGCUAAUAUUCUGUAACGUUAUAUUUGAGGGACAAGUGUAUGGGGUCAAUUUCACGCCUUAUGUAUUGAAUUCAAUAUAUUACAAAAAAAAAUGUGAACAUGAAAAUAAAGUUGAGAAUGUUAACAUAUUUUCAAGAACUGGUGAAAUAAUAGAUGUUGCUCAAAAACCAAACAAUUGAAAGCAAAAUGUAUAGAAUUGUAAACAAAAAUAAUACAUCAAACUUUUAAGCAAAUAAUUUAAAGCGAGAGCAAAAACUCUCUAAGACAAAUUCUAUAUUUUUUUUAUUUGAAAACUAAUGCAAAAAUUGUUUUCGGUUAAAUGUUCAACCAAUCCUGUUGAAUACAUUUUGCCUACGCUCUUGCCUGCAUGUGCUACCUUUUUGUUGCACAACUCGGAUCUUUUUGAUGUCCGUUUCUUUGCUUUCACUACCAGUCUUUUCGAUUGCAAUUUUUGGCAUUAUUUUUCCGUGAAGGGCAGGUUUAGAGGGAUGCGUAGACAAUGAGUCUCCAUUGGUUCACUAGUUUUGGAGUGACGGUUCGUCUUAACCCAAUCAAUGAACAUGAUAGACAGGCUUUUUUUUCUAUUGCCUACUUAGGUAGACGGUCUGACGUCACCUGGUUUUAGGGUUUUAGUUAACGUACUUCAAAAUUGUCCGUCACGGGUAAAUAAUCUACGGAUAUUAGAAGCAUGUCUAUCUAAUACAUUUAAUGACAAACCAUCUAACUACUUAGGUAAACAUAUGACUUACCUGUUGCACAACGUUCGGCACAGGUGUAUGGCGAACCAGUUACCAACACCUGUGCCGAACGUUGUGCAACAGGUAAGUCAUAUGUUUACCUAAGUAGUUAGAUGGUUUGUCAUUAAAUGUAUUAGAUAGACAUGCUUCUAAUAUCCGUACAUUAUUGACCUGCGACUGACAAUUUUGAAGUACGUUAACUAAAACCAGGUGACGUCAGACCGUAUACUUACAGGCUUUUUUUCUAUUACCUAAUUAUCAUGUUCAUUGAUUGGGUUAAGACGAACCGUCAUUCCAAAACUAGUGGACCAAUGGAGACUCAUUGUCUACACCUCCCUUUAAAACCCGCCCUUCACGGGAAAAUAAUUUCAAAAAUCGAAAAGACUGGCAGUGAAAGCAAAGAAACAGCCAACAAAAGCAAAGAUACAAGUAGUGUAACCAACAGGUAGUACAUGCAGGCAAGAGCGCAGGCAAGAGCGUAGGCAAAAUGUAUUCAACAGGAUUGGUUGCUAGGAAAGUUGAACUGAAAACUAUUUUUGCAUUCGUUUUCAAAUGUAUAUAUUUUUUACCAUUUGUCAUAGAGUUAUCCUCUCGCUUUAAAAUCAUUUGCUUUCAAGUUUUUGGGUUUUGCUUCUGUCUUAUUUUUGUUUACAAUUCUAUACACUUUGCUUUCAAUUGUUUGGUUUUUGAUUUCAACAUCCAUUAUUUUACCUGUCCUCAAAAACAUGUUUACAUUCUCAACUUUAUUUUUCAUGUUCACGAUAUAUUUGAUUUUGAAUUCAAUACAUAAGGAGUGAAAUUGACCCCAUACAAGUGCUCAUUGUUCACAUUUGUUUUCAAUAAACAUUGGAGACAAAAUAUAGUUUGUCAAAAAUCUAAGCCAACCUUGUAUGUUUUGCCCCAUAGUUGCGUACGUGUCGGUUUUGUUGCUAAACAACCAACCUCUCAAUGCUACUUGUAUCACCACCAUUUGUGUUGUGGUGUUUCUAUGUACAGUAAAAUGAAAAUCCAAAAGAU